GUUCAUUUUUACAACAUGGCCUCCGACAUUUCGUUUGAAGACCUCAAAAACGAGAAUGUGGAUCUUGAACACAUUCCUGUUGAAGAGGUUUUCAAGCAACUGAAAUGUACCAAAGAGGGUCUCACAUCUGCUGAAGGAGAAAAGAGACUUCAAAUAUUUGGUCCCAACAAGCUAGAGGAGAAAACAGAUAGCAAAUUUCUUAAGUUCUUGGGUUUUAUGUGGAAUCCACUUUCAUGGGUCAUGGAGGCUGCUGCUGUCAUGGCCAUUGCAUUGGCCAAUGGAGGGGGCAAGCCACCGGAUUGGCAAGACUUCCUUGGUAUUGUCGUGUUGCUGCUCAUCAAUUCAACCAUUAGUUUCAUUGAGGAGAACAACGCAGGCAAUGCUGCAGCUGCUUUAAUGGCUGGUCUUGCACCCAAAACAAAGGUGUUGAGGGAUGGAAAAUGGAGCGAGGAGGAAGCUGCAAUUUUGGUGCCAGGAGAUUUGAUCAGCAUCAAGUUGGGAGAUAUUGUCCCAGCUGAUGCCCGUCUUUUGGAGGGAGAUCCCCUUAAGAUUGAUCAGUCUGCCCUCACUGGUGAGUCCUUGCCCGUCACCAAGAAUCCUGGUAGUGAGGUCUUCUCUGGUUCCACCUGCAAACAAGGUGAAAUAGAAGCUGUUGUCAUUGCCACCGGUGUUCACACCUUCUUUGGCAAGGCUGCACAUCUUGUGGACAGCACCAACAAUGUUGGUCACUUCCAGAAGGUGUUGACUGCCAUUGGAAACUUCUGUAUCUGCUCAAUUGCUCUGGGAAUGUUGAUUGAGAUUAUUGUGAUGUAUCCCAUCCAGCAAAGGUCUUACAGAGAGGGCAUUGAUAAUUUGUUGGUUCUUCUCAUUGGAGGUAUCCCAAUUGCCAUGCCAACUGUCUUGUCUGUCACCAUGGCCAUUGGGUCUCACCGUUUGUCUCAGCAAGGAGCCAUCACCAAGAGGAUGACAGCCAUUGAAGAGAUGGCUGGCAUGGAUGUUCUCUGCAGUGACAAGACCGGAACCCUCACUCUUAACAAGCUCACUGUGGAUAAGAACUUGAUUGAGGUGUUCCCCACUGGCAUGGACAAGGAUACCCUUGUCUUGUAUGCUGCCAGGGCUUCCAGGACUGAAAAUCAGGAUGCCAUUGAUGCUUCAAUCGUUGGAAUGCUGAGUGAUCCCAAGGAGGCAAGAGCAGGAAUCGAUGAGGUGCAUUUUUUGCCCUUCAAUCCUGUGGACAAGCGCACAGCUAUCACUUACAUUGAUGCCCAAGGCAAUUGGCACAGAAGCAGCAAGGGUGCUCCUGAGCAAAUUAUUGAGCUCUGUGGACUCAAGGGAGAGAUUUUGAAAAAGGCCCAUAAAGUCAUUGAUGAGUAUGCUAACCGUGGUCUGCGUUCAUUGGGUGUUUCACGCCAGACUGUUUCGGAAAAGAGCAAGGAGAAUGAAGGAGACCCCUGGGAGUUCUUGGGUCUCUUGCCCCUCUUUGACCCUCCAAGGCACGAUAGUGCUGAGACUAUUCGACGUGCUCUUGACCUUGGAGUCAAUGUUAAGAUGAUCACUGGUGAUCAACUUGCCAUUGGAAAAGAAACUGGUCGCAGGCUUGGAAUGGGCACCAACAUGUACCCUUCAUCCUCUCUUCUUGGUGACUGCAAGGACCCAACCAUUGCAUCAAUCCCAAUUGAUGAACUCAUUGAGAAGGCUGAUGGAUUUGCCGGAGUCUUCCCCGAGCACAAGUAUGAGAUUGUGAAGAGGUUGCAAGAUAGAAAGCAUAUUUGUGGAAUGACUGGAGAUGGUGUGAAUGAUGCCCCAGCGCUGAAGAAGGCAGACAUUGGUAUUGCCGUUGCCGAUGCCACUGAUGCAGCGAGAAGUGCCUCAGACAUUGUCCUGACCGAGCCCGGACUCAGUGUGAUCGUGAGUGCUGUUUUGACCAGCAGAGCCAUCUUCCAGAGAAUGAAGAAUUACACAAUCUACGCUGUUUCCAUCACCAUCCGUAUUGUGUUUGGAUUCAUGCUCGUUGCUCUAAUAUGGAAGUUCGACUUCUCCCCUUUCAUGGUCCUCGUCAUCGCCAUCUUGAACGAUGGAACCAUCAUGACAAUCUCCAAGGAUAGGGUGAAGCCUUCUCCUCUUCCCGAUUCAUGGAAGCUGAAAGAAAUAUUCGCCACUGGUAUUGUUCUUGGAGCUUACAUGGCCAUCAUCACUGUUGUCUUUUUCUUUUUGGUUCAUGACACCGAUUUCUUCACCGUAAGUGCUAUUCACUAUUCAAACAAUAGACAACUUAUCACAUAUAACUCUGACAUGACAUACCAUGAUGUUUUUUCCCUUCAGAGAACCUUUGGUGUUAAGCCAAUUGCAGACAGUGAGGAGCAGCUUAACUCAGCCCUCUACCUUCAAGUGAGUAUCAUUAGCCAAGCACUCAUCUUCGUCACCAGGUCAAGGAGUUGGUCUUAUGUUGAACUCCCUGGAAUUUUGCUUAUCACAGCCUUCUUUGCUGCUCAAUUGGUGGCCACUGUGAUUGCUGUGUAUGCACACUGGGACUUUGCUAGAAUCAAUGGAGUUGGUUGGGGAUGGGCAGGAGCAAUAUGGGUCUUCAGCAUUGUUACCUACAUUCCUCUUGACAUCCUCAAGUUCCUCAUCCGGUUGGGACUGUCGGGCAAGGCUUGGGACAACAUGCUUGAGAACAAGACUGCUUUCACUACAAAGAAAGACUACGGAAAGGGAGAAAGGGAAGCUCAAUGGGCCAUGAAUCAGCGCACACUUCAUGGUCUCCAAGUAGGAGAAACCAAGGUCAACCACGAGCAGUCUGAAAUAGCAGAGCAAGCUAGAAGACGUGCUGAGGCUGCCAGGUUGAAGGAGCUCCACACACUGAAGGGACAUGUUGAAUCUGUGAUGAAGUUGAAGGGUAUUGAUAUUGAUACCAUUCAACAACACUACACUCUAUAAAACAAUCUUAAGAAACAAAAAAUGGAUGAAAUUGGGAUCAAAGCUUCUUAGAGCAUAUAACCAAAUUGGGUUUAUAUUUUCACCAUGUAUAUUGUGUUUGUAUGCUCGCUCUCUUCUACUGUUGAGACUUGACUAAUAUGCA